UCCACGGGCAAGCUCCCCUGGGUUUGUGAAUCGAAACGCCUUCCUGAUUAUCCAGCAUCUCCCAGGUUGACUUCUUUAUGUCACCUUCUGGCCGCUCGACUAGCCGGCGUAUAUAUAACUGGGAUCGCCAACCAGUUCCUUUAACCUUGCCUGUCACUUGUUGAGGAUGUCUUCUUCUACAGGGCCUUCAGAUUCUGGCAUCGAUGUCAAUGAGCGCACUGCUCUUCUCGACGCAGGACAGCAAGGCCAGAAGAAGGCCACUCCCUUGCCAAAGCUUCAGAUUUCAAUUUUGUUGCUGGCACUGCUGGUUGAGCCAAUUGCAGCUCAAUCUAUCUAUCCCUACAUCAAUCAGCUUGUCAGUGAGUUGGACAUCACUGGCGGCGAUGAGCGAAAAGUUGGGUAUUAUGCGGGGCUGAUCGAGUCACUCUUUUUUGCCACUCAGGCACUGACCGUUUUGCAAUGGAGCCGUACUUCGGACCGUAUUGGACGCAAACCUGUUCUCUUGUUAGGAAUCUUUGGGCUCUCCCUGUCAAUGCUUUGUUUUGGGUUAUCCAGGACAUUGUUGGGGCUGAUUAUUAGUCGUUGCAUUACUGGUGCCUUGAAUGGCAACAUUGGAGUCAUGAAGAGUAUGAUGGGUGAACUCACUGACUCCACCAACAUAGCGCAAGGCUUCGCCCUGAUGCCAGUUGCGUGGUCCUUGGGUGCUACUAUUGGUCCUAUGAUCGGUGGAGUUCUUGAACACCCUCAACAUCAUUUUCCUACCAUAUUCCCUGGUGCAUUUUGGUCGCAGUUUCCUUAUUUCCUGCCUAGCGCUGUUGCUGCAGCAUUUGCGGUCAUAUGUUUCCUGACGAUUCUAUUCUUCUUAAAAGAGACCCUGCCUAGGCAACAGACGCAAGAGAAAUCCGUGUCUGCUCUUGAUGGCGAAGCCCUCAACGUUCCCGAAAAUGCCAUCGAUGACUCACCUGUGUCGAUGCGUUCGCUCUUCGUCCCAUCCGUGCUGAUCCCUGUCAUCAACUAUGGUUGCAUUGCUACUCUAGAAAUAGCAAUGUUUGCACUUCAACCACUCUUUUAUUCCACGCCGAUCGAACUGGGUGGCCUCGGAUUUGAUCCUAUCACUAUUGGUCUGUGGAUGGGAACUUUCGGUAUUGUCAACGGUGUCGUGCAGACAAUAAUUUUUCCACCGUUGAUAAACAAAUUCGGCCCCAAGACCAUUUUUCGGUUUUGCGAAGCGUGCUUUAUUCCUAUCUUCGCCUUAUUCCCGAUCACCAACAUGAUUGCAUGCCAAUAUGGAAUCAACCGGCUUGUCUGGUUUUCACUCACGUGCUCGCUGGUACUGGGUAUUUUCGUGGAUAUGUCAUUCGGUUGUAUCCUGAUGUUCAUCACCGCAGCAGCUCCAAAUAAGCGAUCAUUGGGAGCUACCAAUGGUCUUGCGCAAAUGACAGCAUCCAUCGUUCGAGCCAUUGGCCCUGCCUCAUCUACCUCCAUGUUUGCAUACUCUAUUCAGCACAACCUUAUGGGCGGUUAUGCUGUGUAUGCUAUCUUCGUCACCAUGGGCAUCUUCGCUAUGAAGAUUGCUACCAAACUCCCAGACAAAACGGCAUGAAUUACGGCACCAUAUAACGAUUUAAUCACGUCACGUCAUGAUUUCAAGGUUUACCCUCGGUUGUUGCAUAUCUCCUGUCCACAAAAUUAGAUAA